AUGGACGUCACUGCCCUUCGAGACCGCAUUCAGUCUACCUUGGACGCGAAUGCGGAUAUUCGCCGGCAAGCAGAGCUUGAUCUGAAAUACGCCGAGACACAACCCGGAUUUAUCAAUGGACUUCUGGAUAUCCUGCAAGGCGAGCAGAACAAUGCCGUCCAGCUUUCCGCUGGUGUAUACUUGAAGAACCGCAUCACUCGCGGAUGGGCUCCCGUUGAAGACAGCCCACAACGUAACCCGAUUCCCGAAGCCGAGAAGCCCGGUUUCCGCGAGAGACUCAUUCCUGCCUUGGCUUCGACACCACCCAACGUCCGCAACCAGCUGGUUCCCCUCCUCCAGAAGAUUCUUCAAAAUGAUUUCCCCGAGAAGUGGCCCGAAUUUUUGGAUCUCACUCUACAGCUUCUCGGCACCAAUGAUGCUGGCACGGUUUACGCGGGCCUGCAGUGCCUUUUGGCCAUUUGCCGGACGUACAGAUUCAAGGCUGGCGAGAAGAGAGAGGAAUUUGAUAAGAUUGUCGAGCACUCGUUCCCUCAGCUGCUCAGCAUCGGAUCGAAACUCGUGGAUGAAGAAAGUCUGGAAGCCGCGGAGAUGCUCCGAAUCGUGGUGAAGGCUUUCAAGCAUGCUAUUUACUUUGAACUUUCUCCCGCUCUCCAGACCCACCAAGCGACUGUGGACUGGUGCACACUAUUCCUGCGCAUCGUUUCGAAGACGCCCCCCGCAAACGCAAUGGGAGAAUCCAAGGAGGACAGAGAAAUGAACCACUGGUGGAAAUGCAAGAAAUGGUCCUACGCCAAUCUGAACCGCCUCUUUAUCAGAUACGGCAACCCCACCACUAUCACGAAUUCCUCCACCCCCGAUUAUAAGCCCUAUGCCAAGACUUUCAUCAGCACAUUUGCCCCCGAAAUCCUGAAGGGAUACCUGACUGAGAUUGAUAAGUGGGUUUCUAAGACACAAUGGCUCAGCAACUCCGCGCUUUCAUAUACUCUGGUCUUUAUGGAAGAGUGUGUCAAGCCCAAGGCCAUGUGGGACCACCUCAAGCCGCACAUGGAGAACUUGAUCGCCCACUUCGUUUUCCCCAUUUUGUGCCAGUCUGACGAGGACAUUGAAUUGUUCGAAGAAGACCCCUCCGAGUACCUUCACCGCAAGCUUAACUUCUACGAGGAAGUGUCAGCUCCCGAUGUCGCUGCUACGAACUUCCUGGUUUCGCUCACUAAGAACCGCAAGAAGCAAACUUUCUCCAUCCUUACUUUCGUCAACACCGUUGUCAGCAAGUACGAGGCCGCACCUGAAGACCAGAAGCAGCCCCGAGAGAAGGAGGGUGCUUUGAGAAUGAUUGGCUCCCUUGCAUCGGUUAUCCUGGGUAAGAAGAGCCCUAUCGCCGACCAAGUCGAGUACUUCUUCGUUCGCCACGUUUUCCCUGAGUUCCGCAGUCCCCAUGGCUUCCUCCGGGCACGUGCUUGUGACACUCUGGAGAAGUUCGAGCAACUUGACUUCAAGGACCCCAACAACUUGAUGGUCAUCUACCGCAACAUUCUCGAAUCCAUGACCGAUUCCGAGCUUCCUGUGCGAGUUGAGGCUGCUCUUGCCCUCCAGCCGCUCAUUCGCCACGAUGUCAUUCGCACAUCAAUGCAGCAGAACAUUCCUCAGAUCAUGCAGCAGCUUCUCAAGUUGGCCAACGAGGUCGACGUGGAUGCUUUGGCUAACGUCAUGGAGGACUUCGUUGAGGUCUUCUCGGCUGAGCUUACUCCCUUCGCUGUCGCUCUGAGCGAGCAACUUCGUGAUACCUACAUGCGUAUCGUUGGCGAGCUCUUGGAGCGCAACGCCGCCAAGGGUAACGACGAAGAUGCCUAUGGCGAUUUCUUGGAUGACAAGAGUAUCACCGCACUGGGUGUGCUGCAGACCAUCGGCACCCUUAUCCUCACCCUUGAGAGCACACCCGACGUUCUCCUGCAUCUCGAAACCAUCCUGAUGCCUGUCAUCAGCAUCACCCUCGAGAACAAGCUUUACGAUCUCUACAACGAGGUCUUCGAGAUUAUUGACAGCUGCACCUUUGCCUCCAAGACCAUCUCUCCUUCGAUGUGGCAAGCUUUCGAGCUCAUUCACAAGACAUUCAAGGCCGGCGCUGAGUUGUACCUCGAAGACAUGCUUCCCGCUCUUGACAACUAUGUUGCUUACGGCUCUGAGAUGCUGGUCCAAAACCCAGCCUACCUCAACGCUAUGGUCGGUAUGGUGCAGGACAUCUUCGCCGACGACAAGGUCGGAGGUGUUGACCGCAUCUGCGGUUGCAAGCUUGCCGAGACCCUGAUGCUCAACCUUCGGGGCCACAUCGACCAGUACAUCCCUAUGUUCAUUGAGAUGGCCAUGCGCGUCAUUGACGCCGGUGGUGUGCCCACCAAGUCUUACCGCAUCCACUUGAUGGAGAUGGUCAUCAACGCCAUCUACUACAAUGCCGCCCUCAGCUUGCAGGUCAUGGAAGCCAAGGGCUGGACUAACAAGUUCUUCAGCACAUGGUUCGCCAACAUCGACAACUUCCGUCGUGUGCAUGACAAGAAGCUGUCCAUUGCCGCAAUUAGCUCCCUCCUCACCCUCAAGGCCACCGAUGUUCCCGUCAGUGUCCAGCAAGGAUGGCCGAGACUCUUGCAGGGUGUCACCAGACUGUUCCAGACCCUUCCCGCUGCUAUGAAGCAACGCGAGGAUGCUACCAAGGAAUCCGACUUCACUCUCGACGAUGAGGAUGAUGAUGAUGACGAAGACAAUGAUUGGGAUGGCGAUGUGGAGUGGGAUGAGAACGAGGUCGAAGCAGCUCUCGAUGACGAUGUCGCUGAUGAGAGUGCCGCCUACCUCGAUUUCCUCAACCAGGAGGCUUCCAAGUUCGGCUCAUUUGCUGAUGAUGACGACGACGAUAUGGAUGAGGAGAGCCUCCUGGAAACUCCUCUCGACAAGGUCGAACCCUACGGCAUGUUCAAGCACGUCUUGCUCAGCCUUCAACAAGAACAGCCCCAGCUUUACGAGAGCUUGACCAAGGUUCUCGGACCCGAUGAGCAACAGGUCAUCCAAGGCGUCUUCCACGAGGCCGACGCCAAGGCCAUGGUUGCCGCUGCCAACGCAGAAGCCGCUGCCGCUGCCGGCAUGCAGGCCAACGGCAACUAA